CGGAGUGAAAACGGAACGGUGCGCGCACUGUGCAUGGCGACGACGAGCACGACGACGACGAGCACGGCCGAUUCGGAGUAUUCUUGAUGUCAGUCGCGAACCUCACCUCAGUCUCAGUUUUGUUUACCGUGUCCUCGCGUGAACACCGGAGCGGCUUACGACGUCCGAGUCAUGAGGUCCCGCGUCCUACCUGCUAUCGCCAUCCUGAUCCUGAUCGAGGCAGCCGACCCUGGUGACGGCAUAUCGUCCGCUACAGUGAAAAGAUGGGCGCACAGAUUGGGUUUCGAGCUGUCGCAGCUGGGCACGUACGUGACCAACGUGGAAAAGUUCCACGAGAGCUACAAGCAGGCGACGGUGAAGCCACGUGAUGGCAACGCUCUGGUCCACGAGAUCGCUAAAGACAUCAAGGCCAUGAUGGAGUCCAAGAUAUCGGCUAUCAAGAGAAUCAUGGACGUCGCGGAGACCUCGGCUCUGUCCGCGCCGGACGUCGAUCCUCCGAAAAACUACAACUUUACAAACGCGAAGAACAACACGAUCGAAGUGAGGCACAGUAAUCAUUUCGGGGGCCAAGUGAACCUGACCAUGUCGGCGGUCCACGUGCCUACGAACGUGUACGAGCGAGCCUCGAACGUGGUCAGGGCGAUCAGGUGGUCCGAGGAGCUCGACAAGACGUUCAUCAACAACUACGAGCAGGACCCGUCUCUCUCCUGGCAGUACUUCGGCAGCGCGACGGGAUUCAUGAGACAGUACCCGGCCACGAACUGGUUCAUGGAACCCGUCGAUCUGUUCGACUGCAGAACCAGGAGCUGGUACAUCGAGGCUGCCACCAGCCCGAAGGACGUUCUCAUUCUGAUCGACACGUCCGGCAGCAUGACCGGGAUACGCAGAGAAAUAGCUAGGCACGUGGUGAACAACAUUCUCGACACACUCGGCAACAACGAUUUCGUCAACAUCAUCACGUUCUCCAACGAGACCAAAGAGGUAGUGCCGUGUUUCAACGACACUCUGGUCCAGGCGAAUCUGGCGAACGUGAGGGAAUUGAAAAGGGCGAUCAUGAACCUCGACACGGAGAGGAUCGCGAAUUUCUCGUUGGCCUUGACCACCGCGUUCGAACUGCUCGAGAACUAUCGGAUCGAGAAAGAAGGCGCCAGGUGCAACCAAGCGAUCAUGCUGAUAACGGACGGGGUUCCUUACAACUACAAGGAAAUAUUCGAGACGUACAACUGGCGCGACAAUCUGGAGGAACCGUACAAGGCCGACAUGCCCGUUCGGAUAUUCACUUAUCUGAUCGGCAGAGAAGUGAACGACGUGAAGGAAGUCCAGUGGAUGGCUUGCGCCAACAGGGGUUACUUCGUUCACCUCUGCACCCUCGCCGAGGUCAGAGAAGAGGUACUCAAGUACGUUCCCGUGAUGGCACGACCGCUGGUCCUCGGUCGUAACGAUCACCCGACCAUCUGGACCCCGGUUUACGCGGACGUGACGGACCCGAAGAUAACCGACUGGCUGUGGGAGCAGAGGGAGAGCGAGGAGCAGAGGGAGCGGUUUCUCAGGAAGCGAAGGGAGAGAUUGUUCAAUACCGAGAAGCGGGACCGGAAGUUCGUGAAGAAGCAGAAGGAGUGGCACGAGCAGGGCAACGAGCUUCAGAAGUACAGGCUGAUGACCUCGGUCAGCAUGCCGGUGUUCGACCGGCGGGAGAACGCGAACAUCACAAGGCAGGUGCUGGUGAACGAGGCGUACUGGGUGACAGAGACAAGAGAGACACGGAUCGCCGAUCUCCUCGGUGUCGCGGGCACGGACGUUCCCAUCGAGGAGAUAGAGAAGCUCAUGAUGCCGCACAUGCUCGGCGUCAACGGAUACGCGUUCAUCGUGACCAACAACGGAUUCAUCCUGAUACACCCUGACCUCCGGCCGGUGUUUCAGAGUAUUCUGAAGCCAGCGUACAACAGCGUCGACAUGGCCGAGGUCGAAUUGAUGGACUCCGAUAAGGAGCCCAGAGACUUUGACGAAGGACUCAUCAUGCUUCGAGACGAUGUAGUCAAUCAAGCGAACGGUAGCGUGACACUGCACACCAAGUAUCAUUAUGAUAACAUGAGACGCGUGGGAAGAGUAAAGAGGAAGUACGACUACACCGGUAUACCGAACACUCCGUUCACGGUGGUGGUCAGUCUUCCGGAACACGACCACACCGGAAGUUAUCGCGUGCACGCAACCGAGGAUAUACACCGGUCGAACGUCAGCGGCAAGAAAGUGUCCGAUUACUUCUCUGGCACGAACUGGCGGGUGCAUCAAGAUUGGCUCUACUGCAAAUAUCAUUACGAGGACGAGCGAUCGUUCGACACCCCAGAAGCGCAGUUGCUGCACUUCCUGGAGCGAACUCGCCAGCCAGGCUGGCGAUGGAACGACAUGAAACAGCCGUCCCAGCCGCCAGAAUAUUCGGCCGGAAACGACACCGAUCGCAAAUCUAAACCCACGCCGUACAAAGCGGACAAGGACUCGUACUACUGCGACAGGGACUUAUUGAUGAGUCUAGUAUUCGACGCAAAGGUAACCGAGUGGUUUUCAAAUCCCAGCACUGCACGCGUAGAGAAAGGACCUUUAGCUAUGCUGAUGAAUCUGCUGCCCAGGAAAGACUUCCAACAACGCUUCGGCGUAAGGCUCGCCUUCAUGGCUACUCGCAGUGGCCUGACGAGGUGGCAGGAUUUUCUUCUGGAUAAAGAGAGCACCAGUCCCGAGGAUCAUUUCAGUAAGCGGUACGCAGGGGCCAUCGACGAGGUCUGGUACAAGCGGGCGGUGGAACAGUACUAUGUUCAACCGGAGAGUUUCGUGUUCUCCGUGCCAAUCGACGACGAGGGUGCCGACAACACCACCCUCGUCACCGCCAGUCGUGCCAUUUUCAUCGAGACUGACAAAGCGAAAGCGCCAGCAGCCGUGGUCGGGUUCCAGUUCCAACACACCGCUCUCCAGGCCCUGUUCCAGAAUAUAACGUUCAGCUGCGACGGUUCCAGAAGCUGCAACGCGAACUGCGGCGCGGACCCCUACGCUUGUUACUUGCUCGACAACAACGGAUAUGUGAUCGCGGCUAAAGACGAGUCAGACGCGGGCAAAUUCUUCGGGAGACUAUGGGGACCGAUCAUGUCCAGUCUGGUGAAGGAAGGAGUCUUCGAGAGGAUCAGGAUAUUCGACUAUCAAGCGGUCUGUUUCAAGAGCAAGGGUGGUAGCAACGACGCGAGCAUCUUGUCGACGCCGUGGAAGCAUGCACAGAGGAUGGUCUCGUGGCUGAUCGGCCAUGCAGCUUGGGCCUGGGCGAACGCCGGUAUAUGGAGUUCCGAGCACGCGGAGGCUUACGCUUAUCCGAACGAGGAGGAGAUCGUUCCUAAGAACGACCCAGAGAACGAAGAGAAACGACCGGUCGACGCGAAAGACGAGAAACUGUUCGAUCAGAAGGUUCUGAUAAAUCGCACGCGACCGGAAGCUUGCGACCAGGAGGUGUAUCUGUAUCUACGAAACGCGUCCUUCGACUCGAAGUCGUUCGACACGGAACUCGACAUCGGGAACUGUAGCAAGAAGUCGUACAUCGUGCAACCGGUCGACUCCAGCAACAUGCUGCUCGUGGUCGUGCACAUGGACUGCAUGGAGGCGAGAGAGCCCGCGUUAACCAUUGUCCCCGAAGAGAUAAUGUACGAGAACAAUUCGCUGGUAUGCCAAAAGGCACAGACCACUCUCAAGCGGAAGAGACCUCAAUCGUGCAUACGGUCACACCCGAGGGAAAGCGAGAUCAAGGAUCUCUGCGGCUCAGCUUCGAACGCGGCGCCGAACGUCUACCUGAUUCUACUGCUCUCAAUGAUUUACGCUCUGACCACCCAGAGAAUCGUCUUUGACCAACGUCGCUCUUCGAACACAAGCCGCUCGUUUCUGUUAUCGAACGAUUCGGUUCCUUCAAUUACGCCAACGCGAGUGGGUCUCUCGAGGAGAGACAUUGAAAACGUCUCGCGAGAUUUCCGUUGCCAACGUAUCGAGAGUCGUUAAAUGUCGGAGGGGUACAAUUCGAGGGGAAGUUCCCUUUAAGUGCUGACUAUAGUUACCGUGAUUCUCGAGACGUCUAGUAUCAUACUUUUAGCGAAGCUGUAACAGGGAGAAGUUCUUCGAGUCCAAAUGCUGGUACUUUGACCACGACCGCAGGCAGGGUCUGCGUUCGCGUUAACUUUGUCCUCACGAUCGUUCACGUGAUUUGAGGAUCGUGAUACGGGAUCGGGGUUGAUCGAUGUUCAAACUACCCGUGAAUCGGUGCCGAACUAGUCCUAAAGAACGACCUUACUGCCCGAUACGCGACGCGACAUUUACUCCGUACACGCCCCUGCUCCCUAGCUUCUGUCCGUCGUCUCGCGCGUUCGACUCUCAUGGUGCUCAAGUCGUGCAGUCUGGCUACUGACGUCGAUUGGAUCCGUUACGAAUCGUUUAUCUGUCGUGAGAGCUACUCGAAGACUUUGCAAUUGCAUUUCUUUGUUUGUACGAUUAUUAUCUGAAAGAGAGCUGCUACGAGAUCGAAGAUAAUCAAAAUUUUGUAAAUCGUCAAGCGUGGGACAUACCGCCGGUAGUCACUCGGAGAAUCGAGGCGCAGAAGCGACAGCUAGCUCCGGUUUGAUUGCGUGUAAUGCGAGUUUAAUAACUCAAGAGCGGUGCAAAGGACCAAGUUGAUUCGCGCGAGAAACGCUCGUAGGUAGACGGAAGUUGCGAUGGAAUGAUGAAAUCGCAUUUACCACGAACUCAAUUCGCCACUGGUUCGCUCAGUCGCUUGUCUUAAUACGUGUCGACCGUUUGGGUAUUAGAUAGAAUUUUGCGGAGGAGGAGGAGGAGCAGGGUCAUAUGCUGUAUCGGCGUUCAUGCGUUUACGAUAUACUAUGAGAAGACGUUCACGCGUACAUAUAAAUAAGUACAUUUCGCGCUUUGUACAUUAAUCGAUUGUAAAACGUGUCGUUUCAUAUUUAUAGAGAUUACGGAUAUUAAUUUUGUAUAUUAAUGUAUUAUACGAGAGUUACGAGGAUGUGUGCCUUUGGACACGCGGGGUUGAAAAGAGGAAAUAUGACAAAGUUCUUGUUGUAUGUUUUUCAAAUAAACGAUUGAUACCUCUACUUCGUCGGCACUCUGCUACCUUGGAAAGAGAAACAGAAACGACAAGAGAUUUUCGCCUGUGAAACUAAUGGUGUUACUUGCGUUACACAGAGUUUAUUACGAUUUCCUAUGUACAAUGGCUUGCCUAUGUAAAACGAGAACGUUUCUCAUCAAAACGGCAAAUGUUGAAAAAACAGA